AUGGAUUUAGGUAAAUUCUUAUUUAAGAAAUUGACUAAGUUAAUAGGGUUAGAAAUUUUAAUGGAGAUUGACCUUCUGCACCCAGAAUCAGAACAGCAAAGAAUAUGCCACAAGAAGAAGAGAUUGGUGCAAAGUCCCAAUAGCUACUUCAUGGACAUCAAAUGUUCAAGUUGUUAUGCACUAACAACUGCUUUCAGCCAUGCACAAAGCGUCAUCACAUGUGAAGGAUGCCAACAAAUACUUGCACAGCCUUCUGGAGGAAAAUGCAAGCUCACAGUUGGUUGUUCAGUAAGACGAAAGGCAGAUUAA